UUAUUAUAACUCAUCUCUUAUUUGAAAGACAAUAAAGUCAAAUACACACAAAAUAAGUCACAAGUCACAAAAGGAGAAGUAUUAAGCAUUUUUUUCAGGUUUAAUAAUAAACGUUGAUAGCUAACUAGUUAUAAGCAAAUUGUACUGCAAUCUCCUUUCAAAGAGCAAUCUUAAGCUUAGCUACUCCGCUUCACAGUUCAAAACGUAAGUCUUCGUCCUCGACCUCGUCCCCUUUCCUUCUACUGUUAAGUUACGAUGCUUCAGCUGAAUCUCUCCAAGAGAUCCAGCACUAAUGAACAUCAUCAUCAAGAUUCUGCUAGAAAUUCCAAAUUAUCAUUUGAACUCAAACACGCUUUCCACUCCGUCAAGUCUCAAAUCCCUUUAAAUCAUUGCAUAUGGCUUCUUAUUACCAUAUUCCUUCAGAUCCUAAUCCUCUUCUUCCUCAUCCGUUCCUCUCCGCCUCAUCCCUCACCAACAAACUCCCAACAGCUGCUCGCUCUCAACCCCAACUGCCAGUCCGGUUAUGUUUACGUGUACGACCUACCAUCAGUUUUCAACACGGAGUUUAUUGACAAAUGUGACGAGUUAGACCCGUGGAAAUCGCGCUGCAGUGCGGUUUCUAAUGACGGGUUCGGGCCCAGAGCUACUGGGCUCGAACAAGUUGUACCUCAAGAUCUCACUCCAGCUUGGUACUGGACUGACAUGUAUGCUGCUGAAGUUAUUUAUCAUAAAAGAAUGUUUAGUCACAAGUGUAGGACUUUAGAUCCGGAAAAAGCAACGGGGUUUUACAUCCCGUUUUACGCCGGACUUGAUAUUGGCAAAUUUUUGUGGUUCAAUUAUACAGCUAAAGAUCGAGACCGGAAAAGUGAAAUGGUCCUCGAUUGGUUGAGAAUGCAAUCUACAUUCACUCGAGCUAAUGGAGUAGAUCACUUCAUCAUGCUUGGUCGACUAACAUGGGAUUUUCGUAGGUUAACUGAUAAUGACUCUGAAUGGGGAUCGAGUUUGCUGUACAUGCCGUUGAUGAAGAAUGUGUUCCGUUUAUCAGUGGAAAAACAUCAAAACGAUGAUUUAGAAGAAAGUGUUCCAUAUCCUACUUCAUUUCACCCUAGAUCAGAAUCCGAUAUAGUUCAAUGGCAGAACUAUAUCCGGAACUACAAACGUUCGAAACUUUUCUCCUUUGUGGGUGCUAAACGUGAGAAAAUCAAAAAUGAUUUCCGUGGGGUACUAAUGGAUUACUGUAAAAGCGAAGAGAACUGCCGUGCAGUGGACUGUGCUACCACCGUUUGUUCAGAUGGAGCACCAGCUAUUAUGGAGGCAUUUUUAGAUUCUGAUUUCUGCUUACAACCUCGAGGAGAUGGGUUAACAAGACGAUCUACUUUCGACUGUAUGUUAGCCGGUUCAAUCCCGGUUUACUUCUGGAGAGGUACAUUUAAGGGACAAUAUGAAUGGCAUUUACCAUGGAUGGCAGAGACAUAUACAGUGUUUAUCGAUCAUGAUAAUGUGAGAGAUACAAAUGGGACGUUGAUUCAAAAAGUUUUGGAAGCGAUUCAUAAGGACAAAGUGAAAGAAAUGCGAGAGACGUUGAUUAAUCUUCUUCCUAAAUUUGUUUAUGGGAAACCUGGCGCAGAUUUAGGGAGUGUUAAAGAUGCAUUUGAUAUAACUAUCGAUAGAGUAUUGAAGAGGUUAAAGUCUCGCAGAGAUCAAUAUUUUGAUUCGUAAGCAUUAUUGUCAUGCCAGAUUUUUAUUUUGGGGGAUUUUAUUUAUUUUUGAUUGAUGAAUAGAAAUAGUUAAAUUCUGAAGGUGAUAA